GACAAUGGGUCAAUUACGCAAACACGUUAAUGAUAAUUUAAAAGAUUAGUAGCAUUAGCCGACCAACAGUAUAAAGCAGCCCUUAGGUGUCAGAGGGGUUCAGUUGCGAAGUGAAUGAGCGCGUUGGGAAGGUUAAUGUGCAUUGCGAAACUUGGUCAGAUUCUAAUCUGAAAGUUAUCUUAUUAGCUAUUUACAAGAACGCUUGAAUCUCAGCCGACAGUUUUAAAUCAUCUGGGAACUAUAAAAAGAUAACACAACUGACUUGCGAGUAGUGUUUUGUAGUUAUCGGAAGGACAGGCUGAUGAAAAUAUCAACUUUUGGGAAAAUGGAGUUAAAAGUAAUACCAUCAUUGCUGCUGCUAAUUUUGGCUUCCACACAAGCCACUGCUUUGCUUUUUGGACUGGCGAAGGAUCUUCCGAGAAAAAAGUGCAGCCCUUUAGAGCUGUCUACCUGUAGUCAACUGGGGUACAACAAAACCCGGUAUACUCCAAGUAUCUACUUGACGUCACGACGGUCGGAGGUCUUCGAGUAUUUCGGUCUGCUACGAAUGACAAAAUGUUCGAAGGAUCUGUUAUUUUUCAUCUGCAUGAUGUAUCAGCCAAUCUGUUUCGAAGAUUACGACAAGGUUAUUCCACCCUGCAGAUCUGUUUGCGAAAACGUCAGGGACGGCUGCAUUGGCAUCGUCACACGAUACGGAUUUCAGUGGCCAGAAGAGCUCGACUGCCAGAAGCUGCCCGAUCACCACAAUGGGGUUUGCAUCAAACCAAGUGCAAUUAUCAAAAAUCAAAUUUACGAACAUGAAAGCAAACAGUCUGAGAAUUCUGUUUCGUCUGAAAAGAAAGCAACAGCAACAACUUGCCCCCUUUGCCCACAGCCACGGAGUCUGAAGAAAUUCAGAUAUUACAAGAGAGCCGACUUUGCAUUACAAGGGCAGUUUAUAAAGAGAUCAACUGGUGCCAACGGGGAGACGUCUUUGUCUGUCAAAGUUUUGAAGACAUACAAAAUUGGAGAAGUUGGAAUACCAACAUCAGGCAUCGUUGAGCUGAAAUCAGAAAGUGCAUGCUUCUGUCCAAACAUGAAGUUGGACAAAACUUACAUCAUAUUGGGUUAUCAGAGUGCAAAAAGAAAGCAGCUUCUUUUUGACGAUAGAGUCAUUGCCGAAGUUGCAACUCCGUUUUUUGAAAGAAGAAUGAUGAAAUAUGCAUUAAGGUAUCAGGAACGGCUGCAAAAGAGACGUCAAAAGAAGCUAAGAUUGCUGCGGAAAAAGAAGACACGCUAAGCAUGUUACUGCAUUGCAUACCCUACUGAAAGAAUGGCAAAUUGCAUUUUGGCAGUGUCAUCAAGCUAUGCCGUUUAAGGGAAUCCUGUGGAAUUGAUGGACGAAAGGACAAUUGAAGCUCCAGUAUUUAUGUGAACAAGUAGUCAAAUAAUCCACAGAAAGACCACAUAAAUGUUUUUGUAAUUGGGGCAUAAAUUUAACAACGGGAAAGGACAGGAAAGUCCUAAGAUGCAGUCAUUAUCGCCAAACCACAUUCGUUUUGCCCCUGAUUGAUUGGUAUCAUGUCUUCUUUUACACAAAUUUGAUAAAAAACAGCAAAUAGAAUGUUAGCACGACAGUCCCCUGUAUUUCGUUUAUCACGUUGCAUGCUUGAUUGACGACACUGUUCGCCCCAGUCCCCAGAUUUCCUCUUCUUAACGAUAUGUAACACCGUGUACCAUUCAUUAGAACCUUUAUCAUGUCGUUGCCUAUAUCAAUAUCAAAUGCAACAACUGAAAUAGUUUUCCCUAGAAGAUGUGGCCACCAGCGGUAAAAUAGAAGAUUAUAAUUCCUUUAUUUUAUAUUUUGUAACCUCUGAAACCCAUUUUUAUACGGCAUACUUAUAUAUGUAAACGGGCUUUUGGUUUCCGAACAAAAACUAAAAAGCAGUAUUCUGUAAAUAGUCAACUGAUAUUGAACACUUAACCUUGUAUGCAAAUAGCUUUUACAGAUAUAGUAGGGUUCAUAUACCUUUUAUAAAGUAGACAACACGUAAGCUGUUACUGUCAUUAUCGAAGUAUAUUAAGAAGCAAAGUAAUUUGUGUAGCAGGCUCCUACACCAGGGCAUUUGGUAUAGAUAAGACAUCAUCACAAACAAAUAACUCGCUUCCUUUAUUUGAACUUCCAAAGCAAACUUUUAAAAAUGUUGUCCGAGAAUUCAACGACAAUGGCUUGUAUCAGCGUCCAUCACAUGUACCCCUCCCCAUUUCUACUUUCGUUUUUAAAGCGUUGGAGAGAGCUUUGACCCAUGCCUUCUUUAAAAGAGAGCAAAAAUCUAUAAAUAAUCCCUUUUAAAGUGAUUUCUGUUGGAUGCGAAUGCCAGUUUGAUAGUUAAAAAAAUGACUAACAGUUAAUUACCAGCUUUUGAACUUUCUUUCUUAAAGUUAAUAUGAUGUAAUUUUUCUCAGUAUAGAAUUUUAAAUCGAAGUUUGAUCCCGAGCCGCAAAUAACAAAACUGUUAACACUUGUAUCACUGAAGUUUCGAAAAAUUUGUUUGUGAAAGCCAUGACCCUUGUGGGUGGGGUCUUUCAGAGAUCUAAAUUCUAAUGGUUGGUGGGAGACCAACAACGGCGGCAAUCACAUUUAUGGUUUAUUCUAUGUUCACAUUUAUGGCUCUGAACAGCGGCGGUUUUAGAGGGGUCCCGAGGGGGGGCCACAGCCUCAGGCCCUGCGCUUUUGGUAGCCAGGCGGGGCUUCGCACCUAAGAGAAAAUCAACAUAGCUAUGAGUAGGUAACAAAUCAUGACAAACUGCAAACGUCUUUGAUCUUGGAUGCAGUUAAUGUCAAUGCCAACUAAAUAGAAUUUUUAAAUAAUUUUAGAAAACUGGGAAUAAGUUAACCUUUUUGUCAUCAAAACAAAUCAGCCUCUGUGUGAAGACAUUGAUAUUGAAUUCACAUAGAACUUGACUAAGACUUGUGGGCUGAUUUGGUUGUACAGGCAAAGUAUAUAGGGUGAAUAAUAACUGAAGGAGACAUUCAAAGUUCACAGGCAUAAACUAAGUCCACUUGUAUUAUCAAACAGAAAUUCUCACAUGGACAACAAUUUUGAGAAGUUUGUUUAAAGGUAAAAUUGAAAAUCAGGCACACUUUGAUUUUCAGAAAUAAAGUUUAAAGAUAAAAGCAAUAAAAUAAUAGAGCAAAGAAUACACAAAGAUUGAAUGAAGUAAUUGUUUGGUUGAAGUGGAGUGAUUGAUUGACUGAUUAAAGUGAUUGAUUGAAACAAGACUUUGAUUAAAAGAAGCUAAAAAGUUAAAUGGAGUGGAACAAUUUACAAAAGGUGUUGCUGCUAAUAUGCACAAAAUGGCAAGGCUUUGAAAUCAAAAGGGCUUCAGCAGCGUUUAUCAACAAAACAAGGAAAAGCUAAAUGUGCCAACAUAUUAUAGGCAAGGAUGAGGUCCUAUUAGCCCAUGUGUAGUGUAGCAAGAAUCCAUCUAGCAACUUUAGCUCCUCAUCAAUUUUCUAAAAGUACUCCACUUAUCAAUGAAUAAAAAUUUUGUAGUUAACAAAGUAAUUCUUAUGCCAAGAGCCUGUUGAUUUCU